AUGUUCGCAUUUGUCACUGCUAAUAAUAAUAAUAAAAUCGUUAAAAUCAACAUAGAGGACAUUUUACUCAUUCAACAACUCUAUGGAAUGAAAAAUCCAAGACUAACAACAACUACACAACCACCACCACCAACGUCAACUAUCGAAAUUACGACAAAUAAACCCGAGUACAUAGAUCUCUGUACUUUACAAUAUGUGAAUACGGUGUUGGUAUUACGUCAUCGAAUAUUCGUCACGUAUCAAUGUAUGUGGUCGAUAAAUAUAGAUGAUACAAAAUACGACGGACCACAAGUACUAAACGUACUAAACAGCUACAUGAAUUUCCUUCCGAAUAAUUUCUCUUUAUCAGCUGCAUAUCAAAAGCUUUCGGGUGAAAUAGUACUGUUUGUAAAUAAUAUAGUUUACGUGGUCGAGUGUCCCAGUUUCAAAUUGAAAGAAGGUUGGCCAAAACGUCUCUCGAGUCUAGGAUUUCCCCCGAACGCUUUGAUCGAUACCGUAGUAAAUAUUGGGUCAGGACAAACCUAUGCAAUCUUCAAUAAUAACAAUGUGGCGCAGAUAGACGAAUGUAGUAUGAGUGUUCGUUAUCAAUCGUUACAAGCAGUAUUCCCAGGAAUACCGUCAGCUCCGACCUUGGCCUUCCGAUAUAUGAAUGGUAAUCUGUACUUUGCCAAAAAACAACAAAUUUAA